GUGCAACGAAGAAGACCAACACCCAAGUUCCAGCAGUUCCAGUGAGCCGUCUGUACACAAUUACAGGAAACACCUUGCAGACGCACAUUAGCAUUAUCAGACUUUAUAAUAUUAAAGCUUCGCUCUGAUGUCAGGAGAAAACUUUUAGGAGGACUGUAGCCAGUACCUCUAACAGGGCAGUCCAGAUCUUCUUUUUUUUUGUUCACCACUGGAGACAAAUGGUUUUUAGUCAUGGAUCAAGGUGUUGUGGACAGUCCUGCUGUUACCCUUGUCAUCAGGGCACCCAACCAGAUGUACGAUGACCAGACCAUCAACUGUUGCCAGAAUUGGACCGUGAAGAAACUUAAAGCACACCUGUCAGAUGUAUACCCAUGCAAACCAGUUGGCCAGGAUUGGAAAUAGGCAAUUUAAACUCCUGAAUGGUCGUACAGUGAAUGCAGGCUUUAAGAGGACACACCUGACCUUGUUGCACUGCGAGAGCUCCAAAGACCAGAGGCUGGUGUAUUCUGGGAAGCUGCUUUUGGAUCACUUUACCUUAAAAGAUGUGCUCAGAAAGCAGGAUGAGUACCAUAUGCUCCAUCUGGUGUGCGCCUCACGAACCCCUCCCAGCUCGCCGAAGCCCCCCUGCAGCCACAGUAACAAUCCUCAGGAGGACUCAGUUGGUCCCACGCCCCUUCAAAACUCUACUAGUCCUUCCACUGGUCAACAUAGCCAGUCAUCUACAGGAGAGAGCAGUGAUGGACUCAGACAGCGAUCUGGACCCUUCCCUUACCACCAGAUGUAUCCACAAUUUAUGGUACACAGCUGGAAUCAGUACUCCCCACAGUCAACUCCUCCCACAAACAUGCCCGCCUAUUACAACCCCAUGACACUAAUGUGGUGGCAGCAGUUGUAUGCCCGGCAAUACCACAUGCAUUAUCAGUUACUGGCUGCCUCCUCUCAACACCUCAGGCCAGACCAGCCCUCGACUCACUCUAACCAGCCCGACCCUCUGACCCAGCGACCUCAGGUGGAUCGGGGCCGUGGCAACCAGGAAGUCCAGAUGAACGCCCAGGGAGGGGAGAUCAUGAACGAGGAGGAGCUGAACCGGGAUUGGCUGGACUGGGUGUACACAUUUUCACGUGCUGCGAUCCUACUCAGUAUAGUCUACUUCUACUCCUCCUUCAGUCGGUUUGUCAUGGUGAUGAUGGCCAUGCUAGUGCUUUACCUGCAUCAGGCCGGCUGGUUUCCCUUCAACCUGGAGAAUGAACUCCCUGGAGACAGAGCAAAUCAGGACGAUAUGGAGGGAGAGCUACAAAACCACGACUUUGAGGAAAUGGAAGGAGUGAUGGAUGACGGCUCGGACGAUGAUGGGGAAAGUGGAGAGGAAGGAGCAGAGGAUCCAAACAGCGCCCCCCACACAGGCUUCCUGUCCUCCACGUGGUCGUUCAUCAUAACCUUUUUCAUGUCACUCAUCCCAGAGGGACCGCCAAACGCUGCUAACUGAACCACAAGCCGCCACAAGGGCACAUUCUUAAGAAGACGAGUAUCCUACCUGCUUAGGGAAACUGUUUUCUGUUGCAGUACAGUGUUGUAGUUUCCCAAUAGUGUACUUUACUACAUAUGUAAGACUCUGAGCCAAAACACAAAUGACUGAUUGUAACCCAAAAAGUGGUCACAUGGAGUUUUUGAACUGCCCAAUGACACGAAGAUUAGUUUAAGUGGGAUUGGUAGGGAUGCCUCAUAAACAUAGUCAAAAUAAUAAGUGUCUGUCAAUGCAUUCUGUAAUUUUUAAAAUAGGGACAGAAGGCAUAUUUAUAAAGGAAAUUACUGACGGCACUCCUUGUGUUUAACAACCUGAAUCUCUUUUUCCUUUGUAAGAAGUUGCGAUAUUUGUUAGUUUUGUUUGAAUUGUUAUGUUUUUUUGUAAUGGUGGUUGUAUCCAAACAAGACAUUUUAUUUUAGUAAGGGCCACUUCAGUCCAAAAGCUAAUGCAGCGCCUGUGAUAAUUUAGUGAUUUGGGCCUGAAAGCUCAUAAAAUGUGUCUGAACACAUUACUGUGUACUGUGUUGAAGUGUAUCUCAGAGUGAUGUUGGCUACAGAAGUGUGAUUUUUACUAGUGAAACAAUGUACCACUAAUUCUCUGACAGCCUGAAAGAACUGAGUGAAGUAGAAGAAUUAAUCUUCCAGAAUUAAUGGAAUAUCAAACAGGACGGUUGUUGUUGUUGGGAUUUAAGUCAUGUGGCAUUGAGCGGAGAAGAGACACUUUCAAAUGUUUUACUGUUAAAUAAAGCACUGCCACAAUUCAGAGUUCAUGUAGGAGUAGGACAAAGCUACACCUCUUGAGUUUGUGAAAAUGGCUACUGCUGUAUCUUUAACAUGUGUACCAUAAUAAUCAUGUUUAUUAAAGGUCCCAUGGCAU